UUUUGGGCUGGAGUCCAAGCUCGGGAAACUCGAGCCCUUCAUCAGCCAGAGGUCCGGUCUAAGCUGGACCGGAGCGUGAUGAACCGGGCCCGGCCCAAUCACGACCUGACUGCAAAAGUUAGAAAAGCAAACACCAGUGUAGAUUGUGGAGUACGCGAGGAAAAGGACUUUGGAAGUUUGGGGAGAAGAAGAAAGGAAGGAAUUUCGGACGUUCCAGCAACAAUGAUAGAAGAUGGUCCCAAGCUCUACGCCAACAAACCCAAGAAAGCGCAGUUGAAACAGUUUCAGGAUCAACACAAAGGGAAGGACUUUUCUUCGCCAUCGCCAUCGACAAUGACGUCGGCUCAGUCUUCGUCUCCGCCGCCACCUCCGCCCCCGAAGGAGUCGUUUGCUCGGCGUUACAAGUUUCUCUGGCCUCUGCUCUUGACUGUCAAUCUGGGCGUUGGAGCUUACCUGUUUAUGAGAACAAAGAAGAAAGACAUAGAGGAAGACGUGACUACUACCGUUCCAACAACAGCUCAAACAACACCUACUACUGAGAAACCCCUACCUUCACCAAGCAUCACAGAGCCUGUGAAAUUGCGGGAACCAAUCCCGGAGGAUCAACAACGCCAACUUUUCAAGUGGAUGCUGGAAGAGAAAAGAAAGGUUAAACCAAAAGAUCCUGAAGAGAAGAAGCGCCUUGAUGAGGAGAAAGCCAUUCUUAAACAGUUUAUCCGGGCAAAAUCCCUUCCAAAAAUCUAACUGUUACCAACAGAAAUAGCCAUUUCUCCUGAUUGACUGGUUUACCACAUUUCUUUUAGGAUUGUUCCGGGAGUGGAUCGUGUCUGCAUAAAUUUAUGUGUCAUUGUCAAUUGAAAAAAGUUGUAAAAUUCGUCGUUGUUGCUUUGUGUAAUACAAGGAAUAUUGUUCUUUUGAAUCAGUGAAUAUGUGGUGCUUUUGGACCUGGAAUAAAUCUUUGUUGCUGCUCUUGUCAA